UUUGAGAUAAAAGCGUUCAGACUUCAGCGUACUUUUGAACCUCGGAAUUUAGUACAGUUGUGAUUAAUGUCUACUAGUAAUUUUUUAAUUUUGACAAUUGUUUAAUGGUCUUUUUUUUAUUGCCAUUUUGUGGCGAUCUGAAACCGGUUUAAACGCAACCCUAGUCCAUUAAAAGAAUGUUAUUUCUACAUAAAAUAAGCUGACAUUGACAGAAAAGCGCAAUGGCGAUUUUCAAACAUCUUAACCGAGAGGAAUACUCCGAGUUUGUUUGUGGUUGCGGUGCAGCCAUCAUUAACAUUGGCAUUACGUUCCCGAUUAACAAAGUUAUAUUUAGACAGAUGCUUCAUGGAAUGGCACUAAGACACGCUGCCAACCAGCUUUUCAGUGAAGGAUUUCGCACUCUUUACAGAGGCAUCGGGCCGCCACUGUUGCAGAAAGGUAUUUCCACAUCUUUGAUGUUCGGUACCUACGAUGCGAUCCAAAAGCCCCUUUUGAAUACCAACAUGAAUGUUACAAUAUCCAAAGGUAUCGCAGCGCUAAUGGCUGGCACCGCAGAAGCGACACUGACGCCGUUUGAACGCGUCCAAACGCUCCUGCAGGAUAACCAUUACAACAAACAGUUCGCUAACAUGAGGGACGUGAUCAAAGUGAUUGCCACAAAGUAUUCCGCUACGGAAUUUUACCGUGGCGUCACACCUGUGUUAAUGCGUAAUGGUCCGUCAAGCACGUCGUUUUUCUUAUUACGUGAAACGGCCAACAAGUACAUAGUAUUACCUCCCAAUGCCUGGGCCGGCUUCAGAGUAAUCAAGGAGUUUUUGACCGGAGCGUUUAUUGGCGCAUUAAACAGUACAUUGUUUUAUCCAUGCAACGUUCUCAAGGUGCACAUGCAAAGCAGUCUCGGAGGUCCAUUUAUAAGCAUUAGACAAGCUGCUAUUGAUGUUUACAAAGAGCGAGGUCGUAAGAUAUCAUAUUUUUAUAGAGGCGUGCACAUGAAUUGCACAAGGUCGUUUGUUAGUUGGGGCAUAGUCAACCUUGCUUAUGAGAAUCUAAAAAACGUUAUUAAAAAAAAUUAGUCUCUGUCACGAAAUCGAGAAACAAAAACCCUUAAAAUACUUUCGCGCAUACUUUGCGUGUAUAUUUUUGUUGUUAAAUUUUUUUUGUUUAUUUUAUUUGUUAAUAUUUAUUGUAAUUUUGUUUUAAUUAAGUUUGUUUUGCAACUGUGUAUAAUGUUAUGUUAACCGACUUUAAUCAAAUCUUUGUUAGGCUCUUAAUAAACAGUUUUAUUAGCCACUUACUAUUUGCUUUACUCAUUACUGUCACAUAUAAAAAAUAUAAAGUUAGUUUAUAGUUGUUGUUAAGAA